AGAAAACUUCGCUCCCAUCUCUUCCAUUUGUGGGUUUAACGCAAUCUAAACUACACGAUCGAUCACAAAUAUGGACUACACAUCAUCACGAAGACUUGUAUUUGAUAUCACAAACUACAUACACGGUGGAGUGGUUAGUUUCCAAUUUUAGAUAAGUGUUACCGAACGAAUCAAGAGGCCACAAACGAAUUUUUUCACCUUCUCCCAUGCAAUAUUUUUCUAACAACUGAAAACGAGGCUUACUUUUACCGGAAGUCAGUAUGGCAGGUUAUAUUUUUCCAUCACUCUUGUUCUACUCUUUCGGUUUCCUACUAGAGGGGAUUCCACGCGGCAGUUCUGAGCCUUCAAUCGACUUUCAGGUGACUCUGUGGAAGCAAGGCGAUCUUGGGGUGAACACGUAUCGUAUUCCCAUUCUGAAAUCUCUGCCUGAUGGAUCCCUCAUCGCGUUAUCUGAGGGAAGGAAGUACAACUCUGCAGACGUGGGACCAAAAUUCCUGGCAAUGCGCCGUUCAACUGAUCAAGGAUUGACAUGGAGUAACACAACGUUCAUUGAGGAUGAUGGUGAAGACCCUGAUGGCCUCAAUCUCGGCACCGUUUUUGUAGACGAAGAGAAAAAUCGAGUUUUUGUCAUAUAUUCCCAUUGUGCGACCAAAUGUGUUUAUCACACCACGUUUCUGAUCAGCAGUGAUGAUUUUGGGCUGACUUGGACAAACCCAUCAAACCUGUCGGAUCAGAUUGGAUCGUCUGUGUUUCUACCAGGACCGGGUUUUGGUAUUCAGAAAAAGAAAGAUCCUCACAAGGGACGGCUUAUCACGUGUGGUCAUUCUCAUCCUGGUCAUGAUGGUGUCUUCUGCAUUGUUAGCGACGAUCAUGGAACAAGCUGGAGGGUUGCUGGGUAUAUUCUUCAGCAAGGUUCAUUUGAGCCGGAUGAAUCUCAGCUUAUAGAGCUUUACGACGGCAACCUACUGAUGACUUCACGAAACCAAGAUAAUUUCCAUUGCCAUUGUCGCAUCAUGUCCAAGAGUUACGAUGGCGGGGAAUCAUUUGCGCAUUCUGACAUCUACUUCGAUGAAGCGUUGUUAGACCCAGUAGUUGCUGCCAGCUUACUUCGUUACAGGAACACGGUUUACUUUUCGAAUCCGGCCAGUAAGCUUUUCCGAAUUAAUAUGACCGUCCGCUGGAGUGAGGACAAUGGCGAAUCAUGGGUGGGGUCCCUCGGAGUGUGGAAGGGUCCAAGUGGGUACUCCUGCCUGACUACCAUCCCUGGAACGCAAGCAAACAACACCUUCAUUGGCAUGGUGUUUGAAAAAGGAGUUACUCGCUACUAUGAGAGCAUAGCCUUUGUUAGAUUACGGUUGUGAAACACUGAUUGAACAAUUACAUCAGCACCUUGACUUUUUUUUUUUUGGAAUUUUUUUCAGGGUCGCACUCCUAGUAUCAAUUAUAAAAUUUCAUGACGA